AUGCCCACGCCAACAUUUCCCGACGAUCCGAACGGUCUUGCGGCCGAUCCACCGCCUGGAUCACAGGGCAAGCUCGGAACAGCCUCAGAUGCGCUGGUUUGGUAUCAAGUAUGCGCUGUACUUUGCACGACUGUCCCUGGGCUUUUUGUUCUUUUGCGGUUGUACACCAAAGUCUUCAUCGUUCGCAAGACGGAUUUAACAGACUACUUUGUGGUACUUGCAUUUCUUGCGUUCAUUCCCAUGAUUGCCAUCGGUCGCGUCAUGUUUGGAGCCGGCGCUGGCAUGCAUCAAUGGAACAUACGCAAUGACGACCUCUAUAACAUACUUUACGCAAGUCUUCGUGGCUUCACGUAUACGAGAUCAUGUACGGACCUGUAA